UUUUUUUUUUUUCUUUCUUUCUUUUUUUUUUCGUUUCUUUGGAACUUUUUAGAACGCGUGGCAGAAUCAAGUGUGUGUGCGUGUUUUGUGAACUGAAAUACAGAAUCAGAAACAUCGAGUUUGGUGAAUUUUUUUUUUUUAGGUGUCCACGGGCAAAACGGUCCCAGGGAAACAAAUCAAGAAAUCCAGAGGUGUGUCGUUGGGUGGUUUGUUUAAAAAGAGAGGAAAAAAAAAAACUGAAACAAAGAACAACCUUAAAAUAGGCCGAUACAGAGAAAAAAGCUUGAGGCACACUGGGGAAAACAAACAUAGCUGGUGUUUCAAGUACAACACAACAGGGUUUGUUUGGUCUUUUUUGUUUUUGUUUUUGUUUGGGAAGAGUUUGGUUUAAAGUUAAUGGAAAAAUAUGGGCAGUCCAUGGAAAGGCUUUGUUGAGUUUACUUUACCCGCCUCGCCGCCCACCGCGUUCGUUAGCGCUGACCUGAGCAGCACCUCCCCCGUCGGACUCAGCCUGUCACCGUACGGCCGAUCCAUGAGCUUUGAUCCAAGUCUGCUCCACAACAAUGGCCACACAGCCUUUGCCAACGGCUUUGGCGUCGGCCUCAGAGAGACUGGCGUGGUGGAGAAACUGCUUACCUCCUAUGGCUUCAUCCAGUGCUCUGAGCGCCAAGCUCGCCUGUUUUUCCACUGCUCCCAGUACAACGGAAACCUGCAGGAGCUCAAGAUUGGAGACGACGUGGAGUUUGAGGUGUCAUCAGACAGGCGCACCGGCAAACCAAUAGCGGUGAAGCUGGUAAAGAUCAAGCCUGAUGUGUUGCCUGAAGAGCGAAUCACUGGGCAGGUGGGGCCUGACUUGCACGCCUCUCCCUUUACUGUCCUGCAUGGUUUUAUACAUCCAGUUGUCUCAGCCAUCCCCACUCAUCUGGACGGGAAGUCAGCCCCAGGGCAGGUUCCAACUGGUAGUGUGUGCUACGAAAGGAACGGGGAGGUAUUCUAUUUGACUUACACUCCAGAUGACGUGGAGGGUAAUCAACAGCUGGACACAGGAGACAAAGUCAGUUUUUACAUGGAAACCAACAAGCACACUGGUGCAGUUAGUGCUCACAACAUAGUGUUGGUGAAGAAGAAACAAAUGAGAUGCCAGGGAGUUGUGUGUGCCACCAAGGAGGCCUUUGGUUUUAUCGAGAGAGGAGACGUUGUUAAGGAGAUUUUCUUCCACUAUAGCGAGUUCAAGGGCGACCUGGAGGCUCUGCAGGCUGGAGAUGAUGUAGAGUUUACCAUUAAAGACAGAAACGGGAAAGAGGUGGCCACUGAUGUGCGUCUGCUUCCUCAGGGGACAGUCAUCUUUGAGGACAUCAGUAUAGAGCACUUUGAGGGCACUGUCACCAAGGUCAUCCCCAAAGUCCCCACCAAGAACCAGAACGAUCCCCUUCCAGGACGAAUUACUGCCAGGAUUAAUUAUGUUGAAAAAGAACUUCCGUUUGGAGAAAAAGAUACAAAGUCCAAAGUGACGCUGCUGGAGGGCGACCAUGUUCAGUUUAACAUUUCCACAGACCGCAGGGACAAGUUGGAGCGGGCUACUAACAUCGACAUUCUCCCAGAUACUUUCCAUUUCACUAAAGAAUCCCGGGAAAUGGGAGUGAUAGCUGCCAUGCGUGAUGGCUUUGGCUUCAUUAAGUGUGUGGAGCGGGAUGCCAGGAUGUUUUUCCACUUCAGCGAGGUCUUGGAGGAGAGCCCACUGCAUAUCUCUGAUGAAGUGGAGUUCACUGUGGUUCCUGACAUGCUGUCUGCCCAGAGAAACCACGCAGUGCGAAUCAAAAAACUGCCAAAGGGCACGGUGUCGUUCCACACUCAGUCUGAACAGCGCUUCGCGGGUGUCAUUGAGAAGGAGGCCGUCACUCCUGGCGGUAACAAAAACGCCAGCCCCAAUAAGGGAAAAGAGAAGGAAUCAGAAGAGGGAGUGAUUGCUUAUGAGGACUGCGGGGAGAAGCUAACCAUUCCCUACUACAUCAAGGACCUGGAGGGCAGUGUCUUCCCCCAGCAGGGUGAUAAGGUGGAGUUCUCCAUCAGUGAGGUAAAGAGAACCGGACAACAGAGCGCCGUCUCCAUCAAGAUACUCAAUCGCACCACCAAUGCCAAGAGACUCCUGGGAUACAUAGCAACCUUGAAAGACAACUUUGGAUUCAUCGAGACCGCCAACCACGACCAGGAAAUCUUCUUCCAUUACAGUGAAGUGUGCGGCGAUCUUGACAGUCUAGAUUUGGGCGACACCGUGGAAUACGCUCUGUCCAAAGGCAAAGGAAACAAAAUCAGCGCUGAGAAGGUCACUAAGAUAUCAGCAGUGAAUGGCGUGGGCGAGGACGUUGGGAGCACCGUGCUCCUGGGGAAGGUGGUCCGGCCCCUCCGCAGCGUGGACCCCUCGCAGACCGAGUACCAAGGGCUCAUUGAGGUCACUGAAGAAGGCUCCGGUAAAGGCCAGAGUUACGCGUUUGGCAUCGUGGGAAUGGCCAAUAAGGCGGACUGUCUGCAGAAAGGAGAGACGGUGAAGUUCCAGCUGUGUACGGUGGCUCAGACGGGCCAAAAGAUGGCGUGUAACGUCAUUCCUCAGCGCCGCGCCCUGGUGGAGAGCGUCAAGGACCAGUUUGGGUUCAUCACGUACGAGGUCGGCGACAGUAAGAAACUUUUCUUCCAUGUGAAGGAGGUGCAGGAUGGCCUGGAGCUCCAGGCUGGAGAUGAGGUGGAGUUUUCAGUCAUCCUAAACCAGCGCACUGGAAAAUGCAGUGCCUGUAACGUCCGCAGAGUCAGCGAGGGUCCAAAACCGGUAGCAACGCCCCGUCCCGAUCGCCUGGUCAACCGCUUGAAGAGCAUCACUCUGGAUGACGCCAGUGCCCCUCGCCUGGUCAUUCUGAGGCAGCCCCGUGGCCCAGACAACUCAAAGGGCUUUAAUGUGGAGAGAAAGCCCCGGCAGCCUGGAGUUCUUGACUGAGUACUGUUGACUGAUCCUGGACCCUCCUCCGAGUGACAGGAGCGUCCCGCAGGAUAAAAGCAAUCAGAGAGAGAGGACAUGGAAAGGGAUCUGCACUGUUUUACACAUUUACAUAAACACACACACACACACACACACAUAAAUACUUUGUGUCAACACAUGCAUAUUCUGGAAAAGAGAAACACACACACAUACACACACAAACCUCAGCAUGCACAAACCCUAUCCCUGUCCUUUCUUGCGACAAAAUCUUCUCAUCUCAUCUGUCCCCCUGCCUCUCCCGUGAGCCCGGUUGUGUUUCACGAGCUUUAAAGCGAAGAGAGAACCCCCUUGGUCCUGCGUGCGAAUGUGAAUGUGGGCGUGCCUGGGUGUGUGCGUGCAAGUCGUUUAAAAAAAAAAAAACAAAAAGAAACAAAUGUUGGAGGGAAUGGAGCGAGGAGGUUUUGAGACAGAAUAAGAAGAAAACAUUUUGUGGGGUUCGUCAUCGCUUAGACUCAAAAGGUGGUGACUGUGUGACAGUGUUGUGUUCCAAUCUAUGCUGAAAACCCAAUAAUUUGGCUGGAAUUCUGCACCUGUGAAUGGUCUUUUUUUUGUGUGAGUGAGACUUUUUUUUUUAUUAUUAUUAUUAUUAUUUGCUUUACUAUCGUUUGGUUUCUCCUGUUUAGAUUUCCCCCCCUUUCUUUACCUGAAAUGAUUUUCCUGUAUGUAGAGUGUUGUCCUCGUGGAUUCAGAAGGAAAAAAGCGGUGCGCUCUUUCACAAAGAGAUUACAUUUCAGAUUACGAAGGCUCCGAUUUUUUUUCAAAACAGCUCCACCCCCCCACCCCCACCCCCGGUCUCUUCUGCUCAGUUUUUAGAGCAGUUUUUAAUCCCUACAUCCUCUCCCUGACCUAAAAGGUUCUCAUGUACUUGUGAUUGUGUACAUUACUCUGAUUUGUUUUCUUUUUAUUAUCACAGAUUUAAGUUUGGUUUGAUUUUUUUUUUUUUUUUUUUUUUUUUCUUUUUUGGUUGAACUUCUGGAUCCUUAUCGACGCCUGGUUUGGGUUUCACAUGCUCCAUCCAUACAGUUUUUUUGUUUUGUUUUUUUUUUUCUUUCGGGUGCAGAAUUCCACACAGCAUCUUGUAUCCAGUGGUCCUUUUAUACAAUGUAUUUUUUUUUCCCCCUCCUUUUUCUUUGCACAUCAUACGUUUUGCUUUUUUUUUGUUUUGUUUUGUUU